GGGGCCUCCUGUGGGAGUUACGGCGGGAGCUCCUCGCAGUCUCUGAGGCGGAUUGGAAUCUGCAUCUAUGGAGCGAGCGGAGGUUGAGAGUACAGAACCUGCUAAGGCCAUCAAACCUAUUGAUCAGAAGUCAGUUCAUCAAAUUUGUUCUGGGCAGGUGGUACUGAGUCUAAGCACUGCUGUGAAGGAGUUGGUAGAAAAUAGUGUGGAUGCUGGUGCCACUAAUGUUGAUGUAAGACUUAAAGACUAUGGGGUGGAUCUCGUUGAAGUUUCAGACAAUGGAUGUGGAGUAGAAGAAGAAAACUUCGAAGGCUUAACUCUGAAACAUCAUACUUCUAAGAUUCAAGAGUUUGCUGACCUAACUCAGGUUGAAACUUUUGGCUUUCGGGGGGAAGCUCUGAGUUCCCUCUGCGCACUGAGUGAUGUAACUAUUUCUACCUGCCAUACAUCUGCAAAGGUUGGAACUCGACUGAUGUUUGAUCACAAUGGGAAAAUUGUCCAGAAAACCCCUUACCCACGACCCAGGGGGACAACAGUCAGUGUGCAGCAGCUCUUUUAUACACUACCAGUGCGCCAUAAGGAAUUUCAAAGGAAUAUUAAAAAGGAAUAUGCCAAAAUGGUCCAGGUCUUACAUGCAUACUGUAUCAUUUCAGCAGGCAUCCGUAUAAGUUGCACCAAUCAGCUUGGACAAGGAAAACGACAGCCUGUUGUAUGCACAAGUGGAAGCUCCAGCAUAAAGGAAAAUAUUGGAUCUGUGUUUGGGCAGAAACAGUUGCAAAGCCUCAUUCCUUUUGUUCAGCUGCCCCCUAGUGACUCCGUCUGUGAAGAGUAUGGUCUGAGCUGUUCUGAUGCUCUGCAUAAUCUGUUUUAUGUUUCAGGUUUCAUUUCACAAUGUGCUCAUGGCAUUGGAAGGAGUUCAACUGACCGACAAUUUUUCUUUAUCAAUCGGCGGCCUUGUGACCCAGCAAAGGUCUCCAGACUUGUGAAUGAGGUCUACCACAUGUAUAAUCGACAUCAAUAUCCAUUUGUUGUUCUUAACAUUUCUGUUGAUUCAGAAUGUGUUGACAUCAAUGUGACUCCAGAUAAAAGGCAAAUUUUACUACAAGAGGAGAAGCUUUUGUUAGCAGUUUUAAAGACUUCUUUGAUAGGAAUGUUUGAUAAUGAUGUAAAUAAACUUAACAUCAGUCAACAGCCACUAUUGGAUAUUGAAGGUAACUUAAUAAAAAUGCAUGCCGCAGAAUUAGAACAGCCUUCAUCAGAAAAGCAGCAGAAUUCCCCUUCAUUAAUGACUCAAGGAGAAGAAAAAAGGGCUGUAUCCAUUUCCAGGCUGAGAGAGGCCUUUUCUCUUCAUCAUGCAACAAAGAACAAGUCUCAGAAUGUGGAAAUUCCUGAGCCAAGACGGAACUCUCCGAGACAGAAAAGGAGUGUACCAUCUUCUAGGGCUUCAGAUCCCAUCUCUGGCAGAGACUUGCUGGGCUCUCAGGAAGAGGUGAUGAUUUCAAGUAAGGGCUCUGGUGACCACCUGGACAGAGCAGAAAGGGAGACAGAUUUGGGACACAGCAGCACUUCAGCUGACUCAGAGGGAGGGUUCAGCACUCAAGACACAGACAGUCAGGUCAGCAGUGACCCUGCAGUGAGCUCCCUGGAAGACAGGUUUUUGCAGGAAAACAUGGAAUCUUGUGAGAAAUUACCUGAAACUAACUAUCAUCUUUCAGAAAUGGAAUGCCAUUUAAACCAAGAAGAUAUUGGAUGUAAACUUAGAGCUUUGCCCCAGCCAACUAAUCUCUCAUCCCCAAACACAAAGCAUUUUAAGAAAGAAAUUCCUUCAGAUUCUUUCACUUCUGAAAAGUUAUUUAAUAUUCAGAACACCUCAGUGUCUCAGGUUGAUGUAGCUGUUAAAAUUAAUAAGAAAAUUGUGCCCCUUGACUUUUCUCUGAGCUCUUUAGCUAAACGAAUAAAGCUGUUACAUCACCAAGAACAGCAAAGUGCUGGUGGACAGAAUUACAGGAAAUUCAGGGCAAAGAUUUGCCCUGGAGAAAAUCAAGCAGCAGAAGAUGAACUAAGAAAAGAGAUAAGUAAAACAAUGUUUGCAGAAAUGGAAAUCAUUGGUCAGUUUAACUUGGGAUUUAUAAUAACCAAACUGAAUGAGGAUAUCUUCAUAGUAGACCAGCAUGCUACUGAUGAGAAAUAUAACUUUGAGAUGCUACAACAGCACACCAUUCUUCAGGGUCAGCGGCUUAUAGUCUCCAGUCACUGAAAGGGCUAAAUUGAUUUCCUUGCCAACUAGUAAAAACUGGACCUUUGGGCCCCAGGAUAUAGAUGAACUGAUCUUUAUGCUAAGUGACAGUCCUGGGGUCAUGUGCCGGCCUUCCAGAGUCAGACAGAUGUUUGCCUCCCGAGCCUGUCGAAAGUCAGUAAUGAUCGGAACUGCUCUUAACACAAGCGAGAUGAAGAAACUCAUCACCCACAUGGGUGAGAUGGACCACCCCUGGAACUGUCCCCAUGGAAGGCCAACCAUGAGACACAUUGCCAAUCUAGAUGUCAUUUCUCAAAACUGACAUCUCACUCUAUGAAAUUACAGAUUUUAUUGCAGAUUUUUCUGUUUUAAAAGACAAGGUCUUAAGAAACCUUUUUGUAGGGAGGGAGGGGUUCAAAAUUAACCUGCUGCUUAAAAAUAUAAUGUACCAGCUCCAUUUAUAAAUGGUCUUGAGAACCUUUCAAACCAUAUGGAGCAUUGCUUGCAACAUAUUUUGUUCUGCAUUUGCAUGUGCGUGUGUGUGUGUGUGUGUAUAGGCAAGAACAUGUUUUAUAAAAAAUACGAGCACUUUGGAAGUUACCCAGGCCUCUGCUCUUGCUGAAUGUAUUUUUAGUCUGCAACUUAUAGCCCUUAAUAAUUAAAUUCUUAUUAGUUUAAUCUCAUAAAUGUAAAAUUAUUGUCCUUUUGUGUUAGUAGGUUUCAACCCUAAUGAACAUAAAAUUUUUUUUAAUGAAUAAUCCAAAAAACAAGGGGCAUUGUCUACCAAACUUGAAGAAAAUUUUUGUAUGGGAUUGGUGGUCACUAUUUUUGAGUGUUUCUCUGUGCAACCAAGGUGUCAAAGUGCUGUUCUAAGCAGGAAAAAAGAUUUGUUUUUUUCUGUAAUCAAGUGCUAUCAUCCGUUUUCCUCCGGGUAUGAACUGAAGGACAUUCUAGUUACUGACCCUGAAGGGUGGGUACUGAAGAUGUAAGAAUCUCUUGUCCAUCUUGCACAUAGUUUUAUUAUAAGAUUCUUAUCCUAUUUGAACUAUACCAAAAAUGGAAAUAAAGAUGCCCUGUGUAGAGUCCAAAUGGAGGUUGCACAGCGAGGACCAGUGUGAACUUCCCUGCUGCCCUCUGGGGAGAAAAGCUUUCUUAGAUGGAACCAGACAGUAAAGCAGUGACUAUUGCCACCUAUUGUGUCAAAUACUAUGGUGAUGUGCAUCUGUGGCGUCUUGUGAGAAUCACUGGAAUUGUAGGCAGGAUAAUGGCCCCCAGAGACAGGUGUGGCUUAAUCCCUAGGACCUCUGACUACAUCAUCUUAUAUAGCAAAAGGAUCUCUGCAGGUGUGAUCUAGUUAAGUUAUUGGAUGGGGAGACUGUCCUGGAUUGUCCAGGAGGAGUUCUUCAGAGUGGAGGACCUUUUUCCACUGGCCAGAGAGAGGACACUUGGUUUUGCAGACAGAGGGAUGCGCCAGGAACCGAGGAACAAGCGGUGGCCUCUGGAAGCUGGAGUGCAGGAAACGUAUUAUCUCUGCCAGACUGACUUACAGACCAUAGGAUAAUAAAUUUG